CGGAUGGGUUGUACGAGACGAUGGGAGGGGCAAGAAGCGAAUUGCUGUGGCUGCUAAACCAUGUCACGCUGGUGGUAGUUGAUAGUAUUGAGGAGCGUCUCACUUCUCUGACUUGGUAUAUAGCGCUCAAUCGGGCGUCACCUUCCUCGCCUAUAACAGGCGCUUCCCGAAAUUCUUCAAUCGCAAGCCUUGGGAGACGUCCUUUCUACACAAGAGUUUCUGCAUAUCGACCAAGUAGGGCGUGAAACUGAGCUCGAAUAUCCGUUGCAGCUCGAGCAGCAGAUGAAGGGCAUCCCGCUGCCUUUGUCCUUAGGAAUGAAGCUCGAUGAAUG